UCCCCGCCCCUUGCGCUGGGCGGCUGGCGGCUCACUUGCAUCCUGGGCUCUUUCGACAGUCCCGCUACUGCUGCGGGGCGGGCAGGAUAGAAAGGGGCGCCGUGCAGCUUUUCGCACUGUCGCUACUGCCGUCGCAUCUCCCAGGCAGGAAGCGAGAGUGUCGCCGGCCGUAGGAGCAGCAGCUCAGCAUGCCCUCGCUCGCCCCAGGCAACCUCCGAGCCUCGUGCUCUUAGCCGAGUCGCAGCCUCGUCUUGGCCCCAGCCCCGCGGUGCUGCUCCAUGGUGGUUGAGGGUCAGCGCUCUGCUGCGGCGCGGGGAGGCGGCGGCGGCAGAGAAGGAGGUGGCGGCGGCGGAGGGUAUGGCCGCCCAGGGGGACAGCUGCAGCGUCAAGGUGGCAGUGAGGAUCCGCCCUCAGAUGCCAAAGGAGAAGAUAGAAGGAUGUCACAUCUGCACAUCAGUGACACCUAGAGAACCACAGGUACUGCUGGGAAAGGACAAAGCUUUCACCUACGACUUUGUCUUCGACUUGGAUACGUGGCAGGAACAGAUCUACACAACCUGUGUGAGCAAACUUAUCGAGGGUUGCUUUGAGGGAUACAAUGCUACCGUGUUGGCAUAUGGCCAGACAGGUGCAGGUAAGACUUACACCAUGGGCACUGGCUUUAAUGUAAAUAUUUCUGAAGAAGAGCAUGGCAUAAUUCCACGGGCCAUUAACCACCUAUUUAGUGGCAUAGAAGAGCGCAAGAGGACAGCACAGGAAGAGGGUGUGCCAGCACCAGAGUUUAAAGUUAGUGCACAGUUCCUGGAGCUGUAUAAUGAGGAGAUCUUGGACCUCUUUGAUAGCACACGAGACCCUGAUUGCCGCCACCGGAAGUCAAACAUCAAAAUCCAUGAGGAUGCCAGUGGUGGGAUCUACACCACAGGUGUCACAUCACGUCUCAUUGGCUCUCAGGAUGAGCUGAUUCAGUGCCUGAAGCAGGGAGCUCUGUCUCGAACCACAGCCAGCACCCAGAUGAAUGUCCAGAGCUCCCGCUCCCAUGCUAUCUUCACCAUCUACCUUUGCCAAAUGCGUGUCUGCUCCCCUGUACACUUGGUGAAUGGAGACUCGAACAGUCUCCUGGAAGGAUCCCAGGCUACUAGUGAAUAUGAGACACGAACAGCAAAAUUCCACUUUGUUGACCUGGCUGGCUCAGAGAGAUUGAAGCGGACUGGUGCAACUGGAGAAAGAGCCAAAGAAGGGAUCUCCAUCAACUGUGGUUUGUUAGCACUGGGAAAUGUUAUCAGCGCCCUUGGGGAUCAGAGCAAGAAAGCCUUGCAUGUGCCCUACAGAGACUCAAAGCUGACCCGACUCCUUCAAGAUUCCCUUGGUGGCAACAGCCAAACCAUAAUGAUUGCCUGCGUGAGCCCUUCAGACCGGGAUUUUAUGGAGACCCUGAAUACCCUCAAGUAUGCCAAUCGCGCUCGCAACAUCAAGAACAAAGUAGUGGUGAAUCAGGAUAAGACGAGCCAGCAGAUCAGUGCCCUGCGAGCUGAAAUUGCUCGCCUCCAGAUGGAGCUCAUGGAAUACAAGGCGGGCAAGCGUGUCAUUGGAGAGGAUGGCUCUGAAGGCUACAGUGACCUAUUCCAGGAGAAUGCCAUGCUGCAGAAGGAGAACACCACUUUGCGUAUGCGGGUGAAGGCCAUGCAAGAGGCUAUUGAUGCUAUCAACAUCCGUGUCACCCACUUGAUGAGCCAGGAAGCCAACUUGAUUCUUGCCAAGGCAGGUGAUGGCAAUGAGGCUAUUGGUGCUCUGAUUCAGAACUACAUCCGGGAAAUUGAGGAGCUCAGGACAAAACUCUUGGAGAGUGAAGCUAUGAAUGAGUCACUGCGUCGCAGUCUAUCACGGGUUUCCUCUAGGCUUCCUUAUUCCCUGGGCUUAUCUCCAGCGCCUGGAUUGGGAGCUUCAAAUAGCCCUGUCUCCUCCUCAGUGGAAGCUGAGGCAUCUGAAGUCAUCCAGUGGGCCAAGCAAGAUGUAGAACGGCUGAAGAAGGAGACAAAAUUGCGAAGGAAAAGCCCAGAAAAAGAAGGAUUUAAGAAGAGGCUGAGGAUGCAGCAGGGAAAUGAAGCAGAUGAGACGGAUGAGAAUGAGGUGGAAGAGGAGGAACGGGACGAGAGUGGCUGUGAGGAAGAAGUUGGCCAGGAGGAGGAAGAGGAAGAAGAUUCAGGAAGUGAAGAGAGCCUGGUGGAUUCUGACUCAGACGUUGAAGAAAAGGCAGCAAAUUUCCAGGCUGAUCUGGCUGAUCUGACCUGUGAGAUUGAGAUCAAACAGAAGCUAAUAGAUGAGCUAGAAAACAGCCAACGGCGCCUACAAACGCUGAAGCAUCAGUAUGAGGAGAAGCUGAUUCUACUGCAAAACAAGAUCCGUGACACACAACUAGAGAGAGACAGGGUCCUGCAAAAUCUGAGUUCCAUGGAGUGCUACACAGAAGAGAAGGCGAACAAGAUCAAAGCGGACUAUGAGAAGCGUCUGCGGGAGAUGAACAGGGACCUGCAGAAGUUGCAGGCAGCCCAGAAGGAGCAUGCCCGCCUCCUCAAGAACCAGUCUCGGUAUGAGCGAGAGUUGAAGAAGCUGCAUGCAGAAGUGGCAGAAAUGAAGAAAGCCAAGGUGGCGCUGAUGAAACAAAUGCGUGAGGAGCAGCAGAGGCGGAGGUUGGCAGAGACUAAGAGGAACCGGGAGAUUGCCCAGCUGAAGAAGGAGCAACGUAGGCAGGAGUUUCAGAUUCGAGCGCUAGAAUCUCAGAAGCGGCAGCAGGAGAUUGUACUGCGCAGGAAAACCCAAGAGGUCUCUGCUCUGCGCCGUCUGGCCAAACCUAUGUCUGAUCGGGUUGCUGGAAGAAUGAAUCAGAAGCAAGCUGUGUUGGAUUCAGGUGUUGAAGUCUCCACCAGUGCCACCUCUUCAGAGCCAGAAUCUGGUUCUCGUUCUGUCUCCAGCAUUGUGCGCCAGUGGAAUCGGAAAAUCAACACCUUCCUUGGAGACCCUCCUUCUUCCACAAAUGGGACUCGAACUAUCAGGAAGAAGUUCCCAAAGAAAGGGGCAAACCAGACCUUCAGUAAGACUGCUCGCUUGAAGUGGCAGUCCCUGGAGCGCCGUGUCUUUGACAUUGUCAUGCAGAGGAUGACUGUCAUCAAUCUGGAGUCGGAUAUGGAGAGGCUCAUCAAGAAACGUGAGGAGCUGUCACUGAUGCAGGAAAUGCUGCUGGGGAAGAGAGAGAAGUUGCAAACAGAGAACCCUGAAGAGCAGAAGGGGCUGCAGGAGCUGAAUGAGGAGAUUGAGGUGCUGGCAGCCAACAUUGACUACAUCAAUGACAGUAUUUCUGACUGCCAAGCCACAAUCAUGCAGAUUGAAGAGACCAAGGAAGAACUGGAUUCUACAGACACCUCUGUAGUGAUCAGCUCCUGCUCUUUGGCUGAGGCACGGCUUUUAUUGGACAAUUUCCUCAAAGCAUCCAUAGACAAGAACCUACAGGUGGCCCAGAAGGAAGCUCAGAUCCGCCUGCUGGAGGGACGCCUGAGACAAACAGAUGUGACUGGCUCCUCUCAGAACCAUCACAUCUUGGAUGCCCUGCGGGAAAAGGCAGAAUCCCACCCUGAGCUACAGGCGCUCAUCCACAACGUGCAGCAAGAGAAUGGCUAUGCUAGCACAGACGAAGAAGUCUCCGAGUUCAGCUUGGCCUCAGAGGGGAGUUUUUCCCAGUCUUUCUCCAUGAAGGGCUCUGCCAGUCAGGAUGACUUCAAAUGUAGGGGGGAGCCCAAGCUGUCUGGCCAGAUGAAAGCUGUGUCUGCAGAGUGCCUGGGACCCACACUGGACAUCUCCACUAAGAACAUCACCAAGUCAUUGGCAUCCCUCAUGGAGAUCAAAGAGGAUGGGGUUGGCUUUUCCAUCCGUGAUCCUUACUACAAGGAGAAGGUCUCCCGCACCAUCAGCCUGCCCAUCCGAGGGAGCACAUUCCCUAGACAGUCCCGCGGCGCAGACACAUCACCCCUCACCAGGAGGAAAUCAUAUGACCGGGGUCAGCCUAUCAGGAACCCAGAUGUCGGAUUUACUCCUCCCUCAUCCCCUCCCAGCCGGCCACGCAAUGACCGCAACGUUUUCUCUCGCCUCACCAGCAACCAGAGCCAGGGUUCAGCACUAGACAAGUCUGAUGACAGUGACUCCUCUAUCUCGGAGGUGCUGAGGGGCAUAAUAAACCCUGUGGGAGGUUCCAGGAGUGCCCGGACAGCCCCACUGCAAUGCAUCUCUGUGGCAGAAGGACAUACCAAGCCUGUUCUUUGCUUGGAUGCUACUGACGAAUUGUUGUUCUCUGGAUCCAAAGAUCGGAGUUGCAAAAUGUGGAACUUGGUGACUGGCCAGGAAAUUGCUUCUUUGAAAGGCCAUCCUAACAAUGUAGUCUCCAUAAAGUACUGUAGCCACUCUGGCCUGGUAUUUACAGUCUCUACCUCUUACAUCAAAGUGUGGGACAUCCGGGAUUCUGCAAAGUGUAUCCGCACUCUCACCUCAUCAGGCCAGGUGAUUACCGGAGAUGCCUGUGCAGGGACUGCUACCCGCACCAUCACCAGCGUGCAAGGCGAGCACCAGAUCAACCAGAUUGCACUUAAUCCCACAGGCACCAUGCUUUAUGCAGCCACUGGCAAUUCUGUCCGCAUCUGGGAACUGAACAGAUUGCAGCCCAUUGGGAAGCUGACAGGCCAUAUUGGGCCAGUGAUGUGUCUCACAGUGAACAGGACGGCAAGCAACCACGACCUGGUCAUUACAGGAGCUAAAGAUCACUAUGUCAAGAUGUUUGAGAUUGCAGAAGGUGUUCUUGGGAAUGUUGGCCCCACUCACAACUUUGAACCCCCACACUAUGAUGGCAUUGGGUGCCUAGCUAUUCAGGGAGAUGUUCUCUUCAGUGGCUCCAGAGACAAUGGGAUCAAGAAAUGGGAUCUGGAGCAGCAGGAGCUCAUCCAGCAAAUCCCCAAUGCACACAAAGACUGGGUUUGUGCUUUGGCCUUUGUGCCCAGUCGCUCCAUGCUGCUGAGUGCCUGCCGUGGUGGGACAGUGAAGGUCUGGAAUGUUGAUAACUUCACACCCGUUGGGGACAUCAAGGGGCAUGACAGUCCCAUCAAUGCCAUCUGCACUAAUUCUAAGCACAUAUUCACAGCUUCCAGUGACUUGACAGUGAAGCUUUGGAGUGCAAGGAAGCUGCUGAACAGCACAACCUAGAAACUGGGAAAAGACUUGGACAUGGCAACUAUGACGGAGGGCACAAGAGGACAGAAGUGGUGCCCUUGCUGAGCCUGGCUUACAAGGGAAGGAAGUAGUACUGUAUUUAGCUUCCCACUGGACACUCCCACACUCAGGGCUUCAGGAGGAGGAGGCACCCUGGCUUUUUGGUACCUUGUGCACCAGUAAGUGAGUUGGUUGGAUGGUGCAGGAGAACCUCCUUUCCUUUCCAGUUUCCAUGCUCACAUCUCUUUGCUUGGUAGGAUUUUGCAAAGACACUGAAAUGAAGCUCCACCAAGGCAUUGCUAGCCAAGGAGGAAGAUCAAACUGAGGCAUUUGAGAGCAUAUCUCCCAUCAGAAUCUGUCUGUCCCACAAACAGACAUCCGCCAGGAUAUGUGAGAAGUUCUACAAAACAGGUGAUGUUAGGUGUUUAUAUGCAAGGAGGUUAUCAAGGAAAGAUGUGAGAAACCUCAUCCCUGACUCCAUCAUGCCUGAGGGAUCCACAUCCAUAGACUCCUGUGGCUGCCCACAAGCUGUCUGUGUCCUGUGAAUGCCUUUCCUUAAGAACUUAACAGUGAAACUGAUGAGAGGAAAUCUGAACAUGCCAGCUGCUUCCUGGAUGUAUUUCCUACAUAGCUGAUUGUUGUUAGAGGAUAUUUCUUGGUCUGCUUAGAUCUUUCAUGAGUGUUAAUGAUGUGCUGGCUUCUUUUUUCUUAUUUCCAUCAGCGAUGGGCUAGUGUGUGUAUGUGUGUGCUUUUCUAAAGAGGGGAACGAUGGGUGGGGUGGGUGGCAAAAUUAGCCACCUCUUUUAAUUCUAAGCACAUGUGGUGUUUCUCAGUUUUUGCUCCAAAAGUAGAAUCACCAAAAGUUUUCAUUUUCAAAUGCUAGAUGGUCAUGACUUUGACCUUUCCACAUUAAAGAUCACAAACACUCCCAAGAUAACAUAAAAAGGGGGAAAUCUGUUGUAUGAGGGGCCUAUAUAAUUGUUGACAGAUAAAAUCAGAUUAGUUUAUCACUUGUCCAUCUGUGGAAUCAAGAUUUCAGUGAGUUUGGAAGAAUGAUUGUUUUCUGUAUUCCAGCUUCAGACCAGAAAUUGUAAUACUUUUUUUUCAUAAUGCUAUAUAUCGCACAAAAAGAGAUGUGAGCUGCUGGAAUAUAUUUUUUUAGAUUCUGCUUGAGAAAGGCUUCCCAGGAGGCCUGGAAAAACCUGCAGUGUUUCAGUCUGUGAAGCUAUUUACUUUGCUAUGUUUCAGUCACAAACUGAUAAUGGCAAUAGAAACUGACACUCUCUCCUCACAUGAAGAAAGGACCCUUUUAAAUCUCAGACAAGAAAAUGUGAGGAGAUUUUUCUUUAGAUUUCAAACAGGGUAAGAAACACUUGAACAAGCAUAUGGUGGUGCAUUUCUAUGGUCACAUUCCCCCAGGUGUGGAGUGAUGAGACUUUCCCUUGAAGAAAAUAAACCUGCCCUUCUUAAUCUCACCCCAUCACCUCUAUUUUCACCUGCUUAAUAUUUGCCAUUAUAAUAGACUGCAAAAAAAAAAAAAAACAGGAGAAGCUUCUGUCUGUGCUUCAGUCAACUUGAACUUUCACUGGGUAUUUUUAAACCCACUUGAGUUUACCAGUGGACACUAGUUUACGCUCUGUGUGAGCAUCACUUUGCAAGAGAUGAAGCUUUCUGCCUGUGUAACACAGCAGGGUUGGCCUAGCCCUCACUGGAGAGAGAACCAAGCACUCGACAAAACCUUCUGUCCCUCACUUGUAUGUUAAUAUGUUGCAUACCUGAACUUUGAACAUACAUUGUGGCUUUCUAUCCAAGGACCAAUGACUAAGUUCAUGUCUCAGCCAGCAGACUUAGGGAAAGUAGCCCACUGGUGGACAAAUAGGUCAAAAUCAUCUGCUUCUUGAAUGCUUCAUACCAUUCCACAGCUCUCCACCUCCCCAGUUUAUAGGAGUCUUCUGCUCUAAUAAACUGGGCUUGGUUGUGAACGUCAUCCAUUUGCAUGGGUAAUGAAAACCCCACUUCCAUGCAGUGAAGCUGCAGAUUCUUCCAUCUGCAUAGGUUGUACUGUAGUUCUAAAGAUUCUGUGUAUUGUCUUGUGCAUUAUUUGGGGGGGGAGCAGGAGGGAGAGGGGUGUGUGUGCAUUUGAGUGAGGUUUAAAGAGGGUGAGGGCUUGUUUUGAGUUAACCUACCUCAUGGUCCAAGGUGUUUUUCUUGUUUUUGUUUUUUAUGUUAAUGAAACUUGAAUUAGUCUGGGGAACACACAUUGACCCAGAUUUCUGAGCAGAGUCCCAACAGUGAGAUGAAGGCAAGAUGGGAAGUAGGUGUGUUCUGUGCUUUGCUUCACUGUUGACUGAUUUACAUUCAGCUCCACAGCUUGUCCUGUGUCUACCAGCUGCACCAAUUUUCAUAGGCCCUUGUUAAAUAUUAAGGUGGUUGUUUAUUAAAUCAUUGUGUCCUUUGCAGUCUUCUCUCCACUUGCCAUGCUAGACUGCAAUAAGAGAGGUCUGAGUGAUUUGAGUCUUGAAAGAAGGAUAAUCUAUUGGCAUAAUCUCCAUCCCUUUGCAUGGCUACACAACUCUCUUGUCUGAUAUCUAGGAAAGCUUGUAGUCACCUGUGAAUGUUUUUGCUUGUAAAAAUUUAGGCCUAGUUUGCAAAUUAGCUGUACGCAGUUCACCUAAACCUUCCUACAUUAAUUCUUGGAGGAAGUCUGUGUAGUACAAGAAACAUGAAAUGCCCUGUACUGUAAAGUAUUACUUGAUAAUACCUGAAAGGCUCUUGCAGAGAGCACUCGGCUUUCUGUUAAAUUAUUAACCAUAUUGCCAUAUAGUCCCAUGUGCCUCAGUGCUAUUUGUAGCUUUUAGGAAUGGGAUUAUAUUUCCUCAUAUUGAAGAAGCAGCCCUCGUUUGUUUUUAAUACUCCUGAUCCAAUGGAUGUGACAAAGUCCACAUUUCUAAAACUUAAAUUGGGUCCAAACUUGGAGAGCCAUUUUACCUCCUGUGAAUAAUACUUGAAACACAUGGUGAAAAGGGUCAAAAUAACAGAGCUGAAAACCUCAUCUGCUUUUAAUAGCCCUUGGGGUAAACAUUCAUGUUCAUUAAGGGGACACUGUAAAUGAGAGUCAGAAGUAGGUUUACAUCAUCUGCUUAAUUCAUCCAGCAUCCCUAGGACAUUUUCUACCAUAUUCUCAUGGUGACCCCUGAGGCUUUGAUUCAGCAAUAGCCCUUCUGGUGGUAGGAUAAUGUGCACUCUCCUGGCAUUCCAAGAAAGCAAUGGAGGUGAAAGACCUUAUGCACAUAAAUACCAUAGGCAAGGACCCAAGACUUGGUCAUUCUGCUCCAUCAAUUGGUCGUAUAUAUACAACACAAAGUUUCAAAUAACAGGUGCCUUUUCUUGCCCUGAAAGGUCUCCUGCCUAACUCAAAGGCUGAUGUGUGUUCAGGACUUCUUUGGGGGUUAUAGCAUCAGCAAAAUGGUCACGUACGUGUGUGUGUGUGUGUUUGGAUACGUAUGUGUAUACAGGAUAGUGUGUAAUAUUUUAUACCUCUAUGUAAAUAGUGUAAUUUAUUUAAAGUUCCUGAUGUACAUGGUUUUCCAAUGAACGUGUUUGUUCCUCCUCUUAAUAAAGAAACAUUAAAAUGAGAUCUAAAAAUAAUUAUUUUU